CCCAAUUCAACGCAACAGAAGAAGAGUGCGAGUGUGUUUAUCCAUCAACAGCUACAUCCAGAUUGAUUUCUUCAUCAUGACACAGACAGACAGAGAUGCUGAGAAUGGUAAAGAUCGAGAGAAAGAGGCUCGCGGAGUGAAGAGACCCAUCGCGCCUGCGGCUGUACCCGAACACCUGCACGAGCAAAUUCAGGGCAACUUCAUCGUGGUGAUUCAUCCAGGAUCAGAAACACUGCGGAUUGGUCGAGCUCCAGACACACAGCCAAUGAGUGUACCUCACGUGAUCGCCCGCAGACACAAACAGGCGGGACAGAGCCCAUAUGAAGACCAGUGUCUCCUGAGAGAUGGACUCAACAGCGCAGACAGUAAUGAACAGAGACAGAACGGCCUGAAGAUGAUCGAUCAGGCAAUCUGGUCCAAGAAAAUGUCCAACGGAGUCAGAAGAGUCCCUGUGUCUGCACAGCAGGCUAAAUUGUACAAUAAACAGAUCCGUCCUGCGGUUUUGGAUUCAAACUGUAAAGUGAAGUGGACACACACAUCUCAUCAGCCUGAAUACCUCGUAGGAGAAGAUGCGUUAAAUGUGAACCCCACAGACAGUUACAGCAUUCACUGGCCAAUCCGCAGGGGUCAGCUGAACAUCCACAGCGGUCCGGGUGGAUCUCUCACAGCCGUGCUCGCCGACCUUCAGACCAUCUGGUCUCACGCUGUUCACAAGCUUCUAGAAAUCCCGCUGAAGGAUCUGAAGUAUUACAGAUGCAUCUUUCUCAUACCAGACAUCUACAUCAGACAGCAUGUGAAGGAAUUUGUAAAUAUGCUGCUGCUCAAAAUUGGCUUCUCAGCUGUGGUUGUGCAUCAGGAGUCGGUGUGUGUGACGUUGGGCAGCGGUCUGAGCAGUGCAUGUGUGGUGGACGUGGGCGAUCAGAAGACCAGUGUUUGUUGUGUUGAAGAUGGAGUCUCUCACCGCAGCUCCAGGUUGUGUCUUGCCUACGGAGGUUCAGAUGUGACGCGCUGUUUCUUCUGGUUAAUGCAGAGAGCCGGUUUUCCCUACCGCGAGUGUCGUCUCACUAACAGACUCGACUAUGUGUUACUGCAACAGCUCAAAGAAUCUUUCUGUCAUCUGGACCAGGACAUCUCAGGACUUCAGGAUCAUGAGUUCCGCACACGUUUCCCAGAUUCUCCGGUUCUCCUCUAUCAGCUGCGGUUGGGAGAUGAGAAACUUCAGGCUCCUAUGGCUUUAUUUUACCCCGCUGCGCUCGGUAUUGUGGGCCAGAAGAUGACAUCACUGCAACAUCGCUUACUAGGAGACGCUGAGGAUCCGCACGAUGAGCACUACCUGUUGAGCACACAGAGCAAACAAGACCAGUCGUCUAAAGCCUUGUCAGAAAGGAAGUCUUUCCAUAAGUCUGGUUUUGAUGGAGACUCCGGAGAGCCGUCAGAGAGGGCGAAUGUCUCUGUGGAUGUGGAGUUGGGUCACAGUCAGACGGAAUGUCUCGCCGCAGCUGGAGGAGAUCCAGAAGACAGCAGCAGGAGCACAGCCGUCACUCAGUUUGAGGGGAAAGCACUCGGCAUCGAUAAAGCCAUCUUACACAGCAUAGACUCCUGCUCGUCAGAUGAAACCAAACGUAAGAUGUACGGCUGUAUUCUGCUGGUGGGAGGUGGACUUCUGUUUCACGGCGCCCAGGAGUUUCUGCAGCAUCGCAUCCUCAAUAAAAUGCCUCCGUCUUUCCGCUGCCUCGUGGAGAGUGUUGACGUCAUCACACGACAAAAGGACAUGGAUCCUCGGCUCAUAGCGUGGAAGGGUGGAGCGGUGCUGGCGUGUUUGGACACCACACAGGAGUUGUGGAUUCACCAGCGUGAGUGGCAGCGUUUCGGCGUCCGGAUGCUCCGCGAGCGAGCCGCCUUUGUGUGGUGAACCAGAGAUGUUUAAAGAUGUGAAUUCUGUCUGUAUUCAAAUCUUGUGUUGCUGUUAACAGUAUGUAAUGUGCCACAAUGAACCUGAUUUUUGUAAAGAAGUUAAAAGCUGAAACCUUUUAGAAUAAAAGUUUGAAACCA